UCUCUCCUCUCUCUUUAAUUUUUCACAUACCGAUAUUCAGUCGAAUUCUAGGCUUCUUGCAAGAAUUUGAACUCGGUUUCCUCGCAAUUUCGUGCGAAAUUCCUGUUUCGUAUAAAUUUGUCAGAGGCUCCGUGGUUUCCGCGACCGAGUAAUUCCAAAUUUUUUCUUCUUGAAUCCCGCCAUGGAAGUCGAAAGGUUGAAGCUUUACGUGGGAGGCAUUCCGAGGGAGACGACUGAGGAGGCGCUGCGGGAGCACUUCGUCAAGUACGGCGUCGUUUCCCGCGCGGUCGUCCCGAAGGAGCGGGAGGCCAGGACGCCGAGGGGAUUCGCCUUCGUCUGGUUCGCCGACCGCGCUUCGGCGAAGGCCGCGCUUGAGGAUGAGGAGCACGUCAUUCUCGGGAAGAAGGUGCUGGUAAGGGAGGCAUACAAAACCGAGCACCAUCCGAACCAACAAGUUAAGCCUGGCCAAAACCAUAGUUGUAGGAUGUGUGGGAGCAGUUUCAAUGGUAAUGGCGCUAACAACACACGGUUUAGGAGUAGAAAGAUAUUCGUUGGGGGUUUACCAACUAGCUUGACGGAGGAUGAGUUCAAGAACUUUUUCGAGAGGUUUGGCGAGACCACAGAUGUGGUGAUAAUGCUCGACCUCCAUCGAAGGCCUAGGGGUUUUGGUUUUGUCACCUUUGCAUCAGAGGAGUCGGUUGAGGAUGUGAUGAAGAACAACUUUUAUGAGCUCCAUGGUAGGUUUGUGGAGGUCAAGAGGGCUAUUCCAAAGGAAGCACACAACCCUUGCCACGAUAGUUGUGAAGUGGAUGGUCAAUCAGGGAGAGGAUGGGAUUAUCGUGAUUACUCGCCAGUUUAUUAUCCUGCAUAUCCAUCUCGUCAGUACGAGUCGUUUCGUCAUUAUGGUUCAUAUUAUCAGGAAUAUAGAUGGGUUCCAUAUGGAGCCAGUGCAUACUCUGUUUCUCAUGCGGUUCAUUUCAAUGGUCCUGGACUUGCCUACAUAGAUGAUAUGUUUGGAUAUUAUGGAAUGCCAAUUCCCAUGUACAAUGGGUAUAUGCCAAAUGGAUUUAAUACUGUGACGAGUCAAGAUGGAUUUGUUGAGAAUGUGUAUGAUGCACCAGCUCUGCCACGGAUUGAGGAGUUGAAGCUGAACGAUUGCAAAGGGCGAGGCUAACACACCAGCACUGCCAGGGAUCAAGGAAUCAAAGCCCAGGAUGGUUCAGCACUGUCGGGGAUCAAGGAAUUGAAGCCCAGGGAUGGUACAAAAUCAGAUGGUGGAAACACAUCAGAUGAUGAUCACUAACUCUCAAUCUUGUGAAAAUGUUUCUGUACAUUCCCACUCCCUGGAUUUCCUCUGACUAAUUGGAUUAUCAUUGAAUGUUAAUUACCUCAUUAAUUGGACACAGUGCAUAAGCAUUUUCUCGUUUCCUUUUCAGAACCUUGAGCAAUUACUUUCUCCUUAACUGGCCUGAAUUUCCAUCUAUUUUCA